AUGUGGUCCAAGACGCUGGUCAAGCAUGCUGAAACGGUCUUCCAGUCGCUUUCACCGAACACUCCGCUCCCCCAAAUCCGCGCCGCCAGCAACACCAAGCACGCGCGCCUCAUCUUCAACGACUCCGCUUCGGCGAAGGCCAUCCUCGAAGAGUCCAUCCGCGCUGGCCCACGGAUUACUAUUGGUUCGGAAUCUAUUCCACUUUCGCUUCAAUGGGACCGGUCACCCGAUGAACGCGUCCGGGGAUGGGUAAUCUCACAGUUAUGGCAGAAGUUGGAACAGCACAUGACUACAAAAGGCCUCCACGGCCAGGUCGGGUGUCGACGUGGCAAGGGUGAGGUGUUCGUCGACGUUGGCGGCAUGGGGCAGCUGAUCACGAUCUUCACGGUUCUCGAAGACGGCGUCUCCACCCGCGUGCACACCAACGGGCUCGACAAGGUGGAGCUUUCCCCAGAGACGGCGGCCUCGAUGGCCUCCGAGGCCACUCUCAUUCUUCUUGGGGACUUCAAUUCGGUUGCAUGCGAGUCCGACCGGUUUGAUGUCACCACUGGUACCUUCACUGGCACCGUCGUACGGGACACCUUUGACACGCUGCCAUGUCUUGAGCUGCUCACCGAGCUGAUGCAGGACGAUUUCACGUGGAAAGGGGUUGAUGCUGCAGGACAUCUUCAGUACAGCCGGAUCGACCGCAUAUUUACAUCGCUACCGAGCUCUCUCCUAAGCAAUCUUGACGUUCGCGUUGCCUCUCCUGGACUUGCCGCGCUCCCCCGCUUCGACUUGAGCGACCACACUCCCGUCUUCUUCACUUGGCGGCAGCGUAGCAGCCCAACUCGAUCCCCAAUUAUUCCAAGUUGGGUACCUCGGCACCCACUGUGGGGCAUCGUGCUUGAUGAGCUCCGCUUUGCACAGACUGCCGACAAAUGGGGCGAUGAGGUCGAGAUGAAGCGCCUCUUCCACAAGGCCAGCUCCGAGGUCAAACGUAGGGCUCAACACCAUGGUGCCCGCACCUCCGAGGAGAAGCUUUGGUGGUGUCUGAAAUUUCUUCGCUCUGUGCACAACGGUUGUAUUCAGCAGGCCCUCUCUGCAGCCGGCGUCUGCUCCGACCUCCAGGACAUUCUUGGCAACUGCUGCCCCUCGAGCUGGACUCAUUCAGUGCUCUCUCAAGUGGAGUCCUUCAUUCAGCGCCUCAGCCAGGCGACGGCCGAGGAGCGACUGCAGGAGCUGGAGGAUGCUGCCGACCUCCCGGAGUUCUACAAGAGCCGGAAGCGGUCUGGACUCAUAGCGUGGGCUGCUCAGUUUUCACCGAAGCGCCAGCGUGGAGGCCUCCGAGGUCUCAUCGACAACCAGGGUCUCCCAAUUACCGAUAAUACGGUCGCUCAUGCUGCCGUUGCUGACUACUGGGGUCCAGUUUUCACCGCGCAGCCUGUCGAUGAGCAGGCAGGCAAAAUCUUUCUGGACAAGUACGCUGUGCAGCUGCCGCGCCUUCAAUGGGAUAUUUCGUUCGACGACUUCUCCAAGCUUCUCUCUGGCUUCACCGACUCAGCCCCUGGGCCCGAUGGCGUGCCCUACGGCGCUUGGCGGCAUGCGCCCGAAUGGUGCCAACGUGUACUGUAUUCUGCCUUGCUUUCAUGGCUAGCCGGCGCGCCGCUACCUCGCGAUGCCAACUAUGCGUGGCUUGCCCUGCUUGCUAAAGGUCACGAUCUAGCCUCGGGCCCCGCAGGCUUCCGAUCCGUGCCCGACACGCGCCCGCUGUCACUGGGCAACUCUGAUGUCAAGAUACUUGCUGCUUCAAUCAACCGGAUUCUGGAGCCCGCGGUAGGCAAAUGGGCCUCUGACCCACAGCGCGGAUUUAUCAAAGGCCGGCAAAUACUCGACAACGUCAUCGAGGUGGAGACCCAUAUGGCCACCGCAGCUUUAGCUAGAGAUUCGCAGGAACCCGGUCAGCCGGCAGCAUGGUUAUGGAUUGACGGGCCUGUCACAGCAUUCCUUUUCAACGAGUUCGCACGCAUUUCGAAUCUCAAGAGCAAGCCUCGGAAAUGCGUGAUCAUUCCCUUGUGGCCGAUCUCUUUGGAACGCUUCGCACGGCUUCUCAAAGAAGAGAUUCCUCUCUGGGGCGAGUUCUUGUGUGACUCUUCUGGCAAAUACCUCGGUUUCUUCCUCGGCCCGGGAGCGGACUCGUUAUCUCUCUUGGCACCUAUGCGCAAGUAUGUGGGCAGAGUCCAUUACAUCAAAUAUCUUUCACUCGGCUUGCCUGCCACUGCAUUGCAGUACAACUCCAUCGCCAUCAGCGUGCCGGGGUUCGUCUUGCAGCUGAUCGAGCCGACCGCUGACCUCCUGAAGACCGAGCGUGCGAUGCUUCGCAAACUGGUCGCUGGACCAGGGAACUGGCUGCCCCCGAAGUACGAAUUCAAUCUCGACCGGCUUGGCCGUCUGGGGAGAUUGGGCAUCAAGGAGGUGCUGGAGACCGCCAGGGAGAGGCGAGCGCCCAGGGAGCCGCUGGAGGGGGACAGCGAGGACUUCGAGGGCGAGGGGGCGCGUGCCAAGACUGAGGGGGCGGCCAUCUCCAAGGGAUCGGCGGGCUCCGACCCCUACGGCGACGACGACUUCGAGUCUUCGGGGGACCGCGGGCGGGGGCAGGGCCGGGUCUUGGGGCGCACGGUCCCCACGGGCCUGGCCAGGAGCCGAGCGGCCGCGGAGGCUCGGCUCGGCGGCUCGGAGCCUGGGCUCUGCAGGGACGGGGCCCUCAGGAGCAAGACGCUCGGGCCGCCGACGCACAGCGCGAGCGGCCCGGGGCACCUCGCCCGAGAGAUGGCGGUCGACGCGGCUGCCAUGUUGCCUGCGAUCGCGAAGAUGGCCGCCGCGGUCCACAGUCGAGCCGGGCAGGUGGCAGAGACGAGCGAGAACCUCCGUGCACUCGGGGAACAGAUCGACAAUGACGCCAGGACCUUGUCUGAGGUGAACCUCGCGGCUGUCAGCCGGAGUUGCCUGUUGAAAUCCAAGAACAGCGAGUCGGCGAAGACGUUCCGGGUCGCCCUCGAUCAGAGCAGUCCCGCGCGGACUGACCCGCGCUCGGAGAGGCAGUGCACCAUCAGGGCUCGCAAGCUUUCUCAGGACACCUGCGUGCGCCAGCGGGUCCUGUCAAAGUAUCACGACUCCCUCAAGCAGCACCUGGUUGAGGCCGCGGCCCCCUGCGCCGCCGCGCCGCCGACGACCGGAGCCGCGGGGCCCGCGCCCGCGGCGGCCGCGGCGCCCGAGGCGGCCGCGGCGGGCCCCAGCGAGGAGCGCCUCGGCCAGCGGGGGGCCGCCGGCGGCGCCUCCGCGGCGCCAGUGCUGGCGCCACUCGCCGGCCCUCGGCAGCCAGACACAGACCGGGAGACUCAGGACGGCACCGCGGGAAACACGCUGCUGUUCAUGAAGGUGUGGGACAUGAUCUUCGAAGACGGCACCGUCUGGGACCACGACUGGACGAUCAAGGCCGACCCCGACGCCGUCCUCCUGUCGGACCGGCUGCGGGGGAGGCUGGAGCCCUACACCAACAACUACGACCACGGCGGCAGGCUCUUCGUCGUGAACUGCAACGCGUGGCCCGGCUCCGACUUCCCCAUGAUGUACGGGUCCGUGGAGAUCUUCUCCCAGGCCGCCAUGCGGCAGUACAAGGAGCACGUCGACAAGUGCAUGGAGGUCUUGCCGUGGCAGGAGUGGGGGGAGGACUACUUCCUGACCCGCUGCAUGGAUCAGAUAGACGUGGGCCGGAUCGAGGACUACCAGCUCGUCGGCGACAGCACGUGCAGCGGCCCGCAGCAGUCCUGGAAUGGCGACUGCAAUCUCGGCCUUCUGGCCGCGUUCCACCCUUUCAAGGAGAUCGAGACCUGGAGCGCGUGCUUCGACACGGCCAUCCGGUGAGCGCGCCCCGCGCGGGGCCUCUCCCGCCCUGCUGCCGUGCAGACUCGAAGGCAGGACGGCCUGGUGGCAGGGCGGCCGCCCUCUCCGCCCCUCCCCCCAGGGUCUCUCCCGUCCCCUGGCCAGUUCGGGCCUCUCGGCUUUCCGCUCCUCCUGCCUUCGCUUCUCCGUUUGGGGCGGCGGGCGUGCCAGCUGCUGCCCACGAGGCGCGCCCGCCGUCCGCCCGCGCGCGGCAGCGGUUCCGGCGUAGGCUUGCGGCCAGCGUGUGCGCGGCUCGCGCGCGAGAUUUUCAUACGAUGUUCAUGUGCGCCAGUCUUUGGUUGCGGAGGACUGCAUGGGAACGUUCUCAUCUGGCAAGACGCUGGCUGUACGUCUGUUAUUUUUCCGCCUUGAUGGACUGAUUGUGUGUCUUGGCCAGAUGGGCAGCGCUGCAGUGUCGAGCAGAGUUUCACUGUCCAUUUGUGCACAAAGAACGGCACUUACAAUCUGUAGAUAGGCAAUUCGCAUGUAAAGACCCGAGGAGACCCCUUGCCUCACCUUUCCGCUGGUCUGUAUUGAAGACGCAUGCGGAGGCAGAAAGGCGCCAAAAGGCGCUGGACCUCCGGGUGCCGGCUUUCUUCCGCACGCGGCCAGUGUUGCAUGUGGCGCUUCAGUGUGGCAUUUCACCAGUGCGUUCUCCCAGACCUCCCACCUCUUGCAAACAGAAACCUGGAGCAUCGGAGGUCUGGGCACUGUUGAUGGCGAGAGGACGCCCUCCUUCGCUCCGCCCACACCUGCGGGCCGCCAGCACCAGGGUCACCAUUCCGGUGCCCUGACGUUGGUCUACGCGCGCAGGUCCUGAAGCCCAAUUGUUUUAGACAGUUGUAGUUUGUAUUGCAGCCCCAGGGAUACAUUGCAAGCCAAUGCCGCUAGCAGACGUGUCCUCCGCUGCAGUUCCUAAUUCCUGAAUCGAUUGCGCCUUGUCCGCAAUUCUCUUGGCUAGCAUAAGUUACGCAAUUCCUUUUCCGCAGUCACUUGAGCUGCUCUUUUUUCAGCUGGUUGCAAGGUACGGUUAAACACAGGCGUAACAGAGGAGGAAUUCGAGUCAGGAUUGCGCAACAUCUUGCAGCUCUCAGCCUCUAGGAUUCGCCUUGCAGGGCAAUGCUGUUCUCAAGAGAGCAAAGCCCGCGUGCCUGUUCUUCCCGAUCCGGCCGCUCCUCGCCGACUUUCUCCACCGCCAGAUUUAGCGGGAUUGCGCGGAAUUGAGCGGACUUAUACCCGUUCUCGCCCAUUCACUGGACUCAUGCUUCGGGGGUGCCUUCCCCGAUCGGUGGGUCCGGCGCCCACGCCGCGCACGGUCUGCGCGCGCCAGGUGGAUGCGUCAACGGUGCUGCAGUGCACCGCUGGUAACCUGUGCCAAGUAUACCCCUCCUCGCAGGUCCCUGCGAUAGCCCUCUCCACCGAAGGGAGGUGCCCCCCACUGGAUGGCGAGCGUCCGGA